AACUGCUAACAUUGUUCCCUCCUAUAGUGCAAUAACUUCCGUGGUCAAGUAGAGGCCAGCGGAUAGAGUCAUAUUCAGCUGAAGUCUAGUCUAGCUUCUUUCUUCUUCCGUUCGCUAUCAUUAGAAACGAACAUAAUGGCGGACGCAGCUCCAGCCGGUGAUCGAGGAGGUUUCCGUGGCGGUUUCGGUGACCGCGGUCGUGGCCGUGGACGCGGUGGCGAUCGUGGACGGGGUCGUGGGCGUGGUCGUGGCGGCCGAGGAGGACGCGGCAAGGAAGAGAAGGAUUGGGUGCCCGUGACCAAGUUGGGCCGUUUGGUGAAGGAUGCCAAGAUCAAGUCCUUGGAAGAGAUCUAUCUGUUCUCUUUGCCCAUCAAAGAGUUCGAAAUUAUCGACUUCUUCUUGGGCCCGGCCUUGAAGGACGAGGUAUUGAAGAUCAUGCCCGUGCAGAAGCAAACGCGUGCCGGACAAAGGACCCGCUUCAAGGCUUUCGUGGCCAUUGGCGAUUACAAUGGUCACGUGGGUUUGGGCGUCAAGUGCUCGAAGGAGGUGGCCACGGCCAUUCGAGGCGCCAUCAUCCUGGCCAAGUUGUCCAUCGUGCCCGUGCGUCGCGGUUUCUGGGGUAACAAGAUCGGCAAACCCCACACCGUGCCCUGCAAGGUGACCGGCAAGUGCGGUUCCAUUUUGGUGCGACUAAUUCCGGCGCCCCGCGGAACGGACAUCGUGUCUGCUCCUGUGCCCAAGAAGCUGUUGCAAAUGGCCGGUAUUGACGAUUGCUACACUUCGGCUCGAGGCUCCACCGGGACUCUGGGCAAUUUCGCCAAGGCUACUUAUGCCGCCAUCGCGAAGACCUACUCCUACUUGACUCCGGAUUUGUGGAAGGAAACCUUGUUCACCAAGUCGCCCUAUCAAGAAUUCUCCGAAUACUUGUCCAAGAACCACAAACCCUUGGGCGCUCAACGCCAAGAGGUCAAGCAAUACUAGAUUGGCCGUCGUGUCGAAGACAGUGUACCCCAACAUCGAAUACACUAUUUUAUGACCUCCUUA